CAGGAGACCUAGGUGGCAUGUCUAAAAAGCAAUGGGAUAUGGGACUCCUUAUAAUAUGAACUGGGCUGGACUACUGCAGAAUCUGCUGCCUGUGGUCCUCAUCCAGCAGAUUAUAUGUGGCUCCAUCCUGCUGUCUGUCCCAGAGGAAGUGGAGCCAGACACUCUGGUUGGAUCACUGAGUGAACACUUUUCACCUCCGUACCAGCUGCUGACCCAGGAGUAUCUGUGGAUGGACAAAGACAAUGGGAAUAUCUACACUUCUAAGCAGAAGCUGGAUCGUGAGGAUCUUUGUCCAGAAGAGACAAACACUAAGGAGUGCAUUAUUCUGCACAAUGCUGUUGUGGGACCCUCAGAGGACCUUAUACAGUUUAAUGUGAUCAUAAAGGACAUUAAUGACAAUGCACCGCAUUUUGAAAAUAGUCAAAUACAUUUGAAUGUGCCCGAGGACGUGACUGUCGGGACCAGUUUCUUGUUGGAUGACCUGGCCUCGGACAGGGAUAUUGGAGAUAAUGGAGAGCUGACAUACCACCUUCAAGGUUCUGAUGGUGUUUUCACUUUAAAAGCCGAGGAAGAUGGGAAUUCGGUUGCGCUGGUUGUACAAACAGCUCUGGAUAGGGAGACUCAGGAUCUUCAUCAGAUGCAGCUAGUGGUGACUGAUCGGGGUGCACAGCCUUUAAGUGCCGCAGCAGCUUUAAUAGUCACAGUGACAGACGUUAAUGACAACUGUCCGAGCUUCAGCUCUGACAGCCCACGUGCAGUCACCGUCCCCGGAGACUCCCCAGAAAAUACCGCGAUCACUCAGGUAAUAGCCACAGACCCAGAUACAGGUUCAAAUGCUGAUAUUGUUUAUUCCUUCAGUCCCAAAGUCUCUGAGAGGGCCAGGGCCCUAUUUAGCCUUGAGAGUAAUACUGGAAACAUCAAACUAAGACAAGACCUCCAGAGUGACAGGUCAGAGGAGUUUGUGUUAAAAGUGUUAGCCAUGGGUCUUCACUGUCCCCCAGUAGACAUUCAGGUAACUGUAUCUAUGCUCCCCAAGGCGAAGCAGGAGCUCACGAUCAAGAUCGGGUUCAUAGCCGAGCAUCAAAACGAGACCAUUCUGUUACCAGAGAACCAGCCCCCCACUGGGUUAGCUGUUUUAGAGCUUGAGGGUGACAGCAUCUUUAAAGUAUCAUCUAUUGCCAUUGAGGGUGACGUGCCUUUCCUUUUGAGCCCACAGAAUGGCAAAUAUCUGCUUUCCACAUCAAAGUCUCUAGACUAUGAGAUAAAAGAUGAAUAUCACAUUUCUGUGGUAGUUCAUAGCAGAUCAGGUGAAGGAUCUUUGAUCAUCCCAUUUAAGGAAGUGAUCAAGGUGUAUGUGGUAGAUGUAAAUGAUAAUGCCCCACAUUUCUCCCAGCCUCAGUACCUGCUGGAAGUUGAGGAAAACAACCAGCCUGGAAUGUUGUUACUGUGGGUGUCAGCUUCUGAUGCAGACAGCAAAUACAACGGGAGGGUGACCUAUAGGCUGGAGAAUUGUACAUCUGACAUCUUUAACAUCGACUCUGUGACAGGUCAACUGUCUGUGUCAGCUCGUCUGGAUAGGGAACAACAGAGUCGACACAAAAUUAUCGUUUUGGCUCGAGAUAGUGGCUCUCCUCCCUUGGAGUCCAAUGCUACUGUAAUUAUUCGUGUUCUGGAUCAGAAUGACAAUGCACCUGUUUUCCCGACCCAGCACUUCAUCUUUUUCGUUCCUGAGAAUGCACCACCGUUCACCCAGGUGGGAAGAAUAGAGGUUAAAGACCCUGACGAGGGAGAGAAUGGGAAAACAGCCUUCUAUGUCGUUAACAGCAGUGCACUUUUUGUUGUGGAUAACGUCCCGUGGAUGCUACGCACCACCAAUAACUUAGACCGUGAGACAAAUGACCGCCAUGAGCUCUACCUGUUGGCCAGCGAUAACGGGAACCCAGUGGCUUUGACUUCCACGGCCAGAGUGACUGUCUUCGUGGAGGACGUCAAUGACAACCAGCCCAAAGUGAUCCUUCCCAGCAGCAACUCCUCGUGCCUGACUGUCUCCCCUGCAACCUUGGCUGGUACAAUGGUGACAAAGAUUUAUGCCAUCGAUGAGGACUCGGGACUGAAUUCGGAGAUCACAUACGCUAUAGUGACACCAGAACCAGUGCCCAACAGCAGCCCCUUCGAGGUGGACUCAAGAUCAGGGAACAUCACUUUAAGUCAUCAGCUUCUAGGGAAGGACAUGGGAAUGCAUCACCUGUUUGUAGUAGUAAGAGACAGUGGCAAACCAACUCCACUAUAUACCACUGUCUGGGUUAAUCUUUUAGUCAAUGAAAGCAUGGGGAACUGCUGCUUGGAGAGGGUGCCUACAUGGGUGGGACCAUCUGAUUUUGUUUCACCCUCAAAGGCUCCCAUGUGUGACGGGGAGCAUUUUAGAUAUGCAAAAGUAUUUUUUUUUGCUGGCGUGGGUAUGAUGAUGGCAUCUGUAGUUUUGUUCUUGGUAACAGCUUGUUUAUGUAUAAAAUGGAGAAGUGGAAAACAAACGGACAAGAGGGGAUACACAUCGGAGAAUGAGAUUCCACUCAGACUCAAAGACAAAUACUAUUCUGACAAAUAACAGAAUAAAGGAAAAAAACUAUUAUCAGGAUGAAAAAAGACAAAAAAAAUAAAAUGUUUGUCUGCAGUAACUUUUAUUUUAAUUAGUCAUGGCAUGAAUCUGAUGCAGAAGAUUAUGCAAGCAUUUUAUCAACAGCAAAACUGAAAAAUCUGGCAGUGAUCAUCCAUUCUCCGAUAAAGGUCCCUGUGAGCUACAAGGAAAGUAUGAAAAAGCAAUCUGAUAAAAAAGAAUUUCAGGUUGGCAGCAGAGACCUGUAUGACUUCCUUGUUUAUUUGAAAAAAAGUCAAGUCAUAAGGGAUGUUUACAGUUUAAUCUGGAAAAAUACCACAGAUCAAAGCAGAGGGACAAACCCAGUAUCGGCUUUUUCCUCUUAGUGAUUGUUGCCCAUAACCUUCAGGAAUUAAUUUGAGAUAGUCAUCUGCUAAACUGGCUGGUGCUCUCUCAGAGUUCUGUCUCUGGAUUAUGGAUAGUUCAGUAUUUAGACAAACAACAGGUUUAAUGUUCCUAUAGUGAGGAAGUGAUGAAAUUCUCUAAAGAAGUAACUCAGAGGGGAGACAGCAGUUGCAGACACGUGAGAGGUGGUAUGAAGAAGCUCUACCAGAAUCUCAAGUCUCCGCCUUGUACCUGUUGCCUGAUAGUGCCAGCUCCACCUACAGGGUUGGCGCGCACCCAAAAGCUGCAAAACCUACCGUACUGGACCCAGUUUUCCUUUCAAUUUCCAUAAUGGACGUCUGGAGUGAAAUCACGCUGCGUACAAAGAAGUCUUUACAAAAGCCAGUUGGUUUCAUGUUCUACUGAAGCAUUCAGUGAACCAUUGAGAUCUAAAGCAGGUUAAAUGGUGCAUGAAAUAUGAAUGAGCCAGUACAAUGCACUUACAAACCUGAAAACACACAAUCGCAAAUACAAGGUGAUGUUUUAACUCUCAGAAACAAAUACUUUUUUUUUAUUUUUACAGUCUCAUAAACUAUUAAGUCAUGUUUCCAGUGUGCACCUGGGUGAAAGGAAAGAAGAAAAGCAAAGAGGCAGAGCCUGUAAAACACAAUGUACAACAACCUGGUUAGUGGAGAACAAAGCUUGUAUAACAUGAGUACUGUCUCGGAGGAUUUCUGAGCUAGCGGCUCAAAAAUAAAUAAUCUAAUAGGGUUCUCACUGUGAGACUAACUAUGAUAACUGAGAACAAAUAAAGAGCUGUCCAACCAAAUUACAAAUUGAACUAGUCUCGAUGGAAGAGGACUGAUAGAUAGAUCACUGGAAUAAAACAGACAAAUGAAUAAAGCAUUGUAUUUUGAAAUAUUUUUGCCAAGCCAAACAGCCAUGUUUAAAAAGUGUUUUAUUUAUAGCUUAUUCUUGAUUUAGAGAAUGCCUUUUCUAGAAGAAAUUAUGUGUGUUGUUUCUGUUAGAACUGAAGCUACUGCUGUUGCAGGAGGAAGCCUGCCAUCUAUUGGACAUGAGUAAGGGAUAAUCCGGCACUCCAUUGCUGAUACUGGGCCGGAGGGUGGGAGUGAAUCAUAGGACAUUCUCUCACUCUCUCUAACCACUGUCAGGUUGCCUGAGAUCAGGAAUGUGUCCAUGCUGCAUGCUGCUCUGCUCAACUCAAAGCACAUCUCAUUUAACUCAAAUUAUUUUUUUCUUCUCAGUCUGAGAAUAUUUGAUUGUGGGAUAGAAAAAGAAAAAAAAAAACAAGUUGGAAUUGGCCCAAAUACUCAGUGGAUUAUUUGUGAUUUUAAGGCUUAAUAAGCACAUUAUUUCUUUCUUGCUUGCUUUUUUUUGUCUUUUCAUCAAAUGAGACUGCUUUCAUGAUGUAGAUAUAGCUAUUGUACUCUCUGUAUCCUGUUCCGCUUAAAAGACUCAGUUAUGUACACUGUUGGUCUGUGAAUGCUCUAUUUUCUAAACAUUCCAACAUGCAUCUAUUGAAAAGAGCAAAAACAAAGAUCAUAUCAGUUUUGCCAGUUUGAAUGUCAGAUUAAAGGCUCCAGCAGGCUCCUGUGACCCUGAGUACACAGAAAUGCAUGGAUGGAUGGAUGGAUGGAUAGAUGUCAGCUUUCAUGUUGAGCAAUGUAUUGUACUGCCGUCAGAUAUGAUCUGACAGUUUUCUAACUAAGGACAGCAUUGCCUGAGUGUUCACAAUUUAUUUUAUGUUUCUUUAACUUACAUUAAAAUGUACCUGAUAUGUCUGUCGAUUUUGUUUAAACAUUUUUACAUUUUGUUUUACAACAGUGUAUGUAUAUGUUUUUAUUUAUCCUUAAUCUAGCGUUAAUUCUCAAACACAUUAAAGCCUAAACUUGGGCACUGGUCAUGAGCUGGACACAGCUUGAGUCAUGGCAUUUGCGGCAUGGGUCAGAUGUGGCCAAGUUAUUAAAUAAAUAAAAAUAAUGAAUAGAUAGGCCAUUGCUGAUUGAUUUGCGGCUUAGGUUAAGCAACAAUGUGCACUCUGAGUGAAUCGUUCAAGUCUAAAUGUGGACCAAGGACAACUUCAGAUGGGAUUCAUGUUUGGAUCAAACAAUCUUGUCUAUAAAUGCAUAAAUGUUUUUCUUUGGUUCAAUGAAAUAAAAACGUAUUACACGUU